AACAGUCGGCCAGCCAUUGAUUUUAUCUUGAUGUUUAUGUUUUGGGAGAAUGAAUUUUAAUGUCUUUCACUACUUCCAACAAUCGUUAAAAAUUUAUUGAGCCAGUGCGAGUGCGUCGGAGUUGAUACUAAGUUAAAGGUUGUGUAAUUGAAACAAACCACAAUGCAUCCUAGAAGUAUUGGUAAGCGCAUCCGCAUGGAUGAACCUCCCCCACCGGAGUAUGACACCAGCAAUCCAAUGACUCCCAUGACCCCCAUGGACGGAAGUAUGGCAGACUCCCAAGAACCUCCGUACACACCAUAUACACCCUAUAGCAACCAGUCUACACCUAUGCAUGCAGGUGUGGACGUCUACGGUGGCAACCAACAGUACGAACCGGCCAACAACUAUGAGCAACAACAGCACCACCUGUACGAACAACAACAGCAGUAUGAGGUGCAACAACAACAACAACAGUACGAGGCUCAGUUGCAACAACAGGAGUUACAGCAGGAACCAGUGCAACCACCACCCGAGCCGAUGCAAGAGAGUCAUGAUAUGAGCUUUGAAGCUCCCCCGCAGUACGAGCAGCCGAUGACUCCGUUGAACUUGCGCGGUGGACGGAUAACUAGGGCUCGGCUCAGGAAUGCAACACAACCAAACAACCCCCCUCCACCGCCUACCCCAGUGAGGAGGCAGCCUGCGGAAGAACGAACAACCCCUGGCAGGAAAGGAAGAAAGAGAUCGUAUGCUGAGACAAUCAAUGACGAAGAUUCUAGCCUCUACUUGAUUGUUCGCAAUGGACGAUCGUCCCUUCAAACUAUUGUGGACGACUGGAUAGAAGCGUACAAGAUCAACCGCGACACCGCUCUAGUAGCUCUGAUGCAGUUCUUCAUACACGCGGCUGGCUGCAAGGGUAAGAUCACUGCUCAGAUGGCAGCCAGUAUGGAACAUGCAGCCAUCAUUCGGAAGAUGACAGAGGAGUUUGAUGAAGAAAGUGGUGAAUAUCCUUUGAUAAUGUCUGGGCAGCAGUGGAAGAAAUUCAGACAGAACUUUUGUGAUUUCGUCGCUAUGUUGGUAAAGCAGUGUCAGUAUUCUAUUAUCUACGAUCAAUAUCUCAUGGACAAUGUCAUUUCACUUUUGACGGGACUGUCGGAUUCACAAGUCCGAGCAUUCAGGCAUACAGCGACACUUGCUGCCAUGAAGCUGAUGACGGCGCUGGUGGAUGUAGCGCUGACAGUGUCCAUCAACUUGGACAACACACAACGACAAUACGAGGCGGAGCGACAGAAGGCGAGAGACAAGCGAGCCAGCGACCGCCUCGAGUCACUUAUGGCCAAGAGACAAGAACUGGAGGAGAACAUGGACGAGAUCAAGAACAUGCUUACUUACAUGUUCAAGUCUGUAUUUGUCCACAGAUACAGGGAUACCCUACCAGAAAUAAGAUCCAUUUGCAUGGCAGAAAUCGGUGUUUGGAUGAAGAAGUUUCACCAGAACUUUCUCGAUGAUUCGUACUUGAAGUAUAUUGGUUGGACUUUGCACGACAAAGUAGGAGAAGUGAGACUGAAAUGUUUACAGGCUCUUCAACCCCUGUAUGCAUCUGAAGAACUGAAAGGCAAACUGGAGUUGUUCACCAGUAAGUUCAAGGACAGAAUUGUUGCAAUGACUUUAGACAAAGAGUAUGAUGUGGCAGUACAAGCUGUACGUCUCGUCAUCAGCAUAUUGAAGAAUCACAGAGACAUUUUGACAGACAAGGACUGUGAACAUGUUUACGAGCUGGUAUACUCGAGUCAUCGCGCGGUCGCACAGGCCGCGGGAGAGUUUCUCAACGAGAGGUUGUUUGUACCAGAGGACGCAGGGAAUAUUGUGAGGACCAAGCGCGGCAAGAAGAGGCUUCCCAACACUCCUCUCAUACGAGAUCUUGUACAGUUCUUUAUAGAGUCAGAGCUUCACGAACACGGUGCUUACCUGGUCGAUUCACUGAUUGAGAGUAACGACAUGAUGAAAGAUUGGGAAUGCAUGACCGAUCUGCUACUGGAAGAACCAGGUCCCCACGAGGAGCCGUUGGAUGAUCGCCAGGAGACAAGUCUGAUAGAGCUGAUGGUGUGUUGUGUUAGGCAAGCAGCUACUGGAGAAGCCCCAGUUGGCAGAGGGCCUAACAGAAAGAUUCCGUCAGUGAAGGAGAUCAAGCAAGUUCAAGACGACAAGCAAAGAUUGACGGAACAUUUUAUCGCUACAUUGCCACCGCUGAUCGAUAAAUACCGAGCCGAUCCUGAUAAGUUGGCAAACCUGAUCUCCAUCCCGCAAUAUUUUGAUCUUGAAAUUUACACAACUUCAAGACAAGAAGCCAAUUUAGACCUCCUGUUGAAGAAACUGCACCAAGUUGUGGAGAAGCAUCAUGAUACUGAUGUUCUGGAAACUUGCGCCAAAACUCUGGAAGUGCUGUGUACUGAAGGCAACGCCAUCUAUACCCGGUGUGAUGUACAACGGAGCACGCUCAUAGACGCGAUUGUCAACAGAUACAAGGAGGCUAUGGACGAGUGGAAUUGCCUCAUCGAAGGGGCUGAGACUCCUGACGAUGAUGAGACAUUCAAUGUGGUAAACAGUUUGAAGAAAGUCGCCAUCUUCUACUCCUGUCACAACAUCGGCAGUUGGAAUAUCUGGAGCACAAUGUUCAAAGAUGUGGUUGAGGCGAAAGACGGCAAUAGAACUUUGCCUGAAGAGGCUGUCAAGUACUGUAUGUCUGCUUGCUAUUUUGGAAUUCUCUGGGAUCUACACCAUUUGGAAGAGCUUGCGGAGAGCGGAGCUGAUGCUUGCAAAGAAGUCAAGCAGAAAUUGACACAAUUUUUUGACUGCAUGAAAGAGAUGUUGACCAUGGAAAGCAACCAACUAUACAAAGAAGAGGCCUACAUCACCAUCUGCGACCUGCUGGUGGUAUUUUGCAAUCAGCUGUUCACCAACCCUAAUCCACUGCUGGGAGAUUUAGUCUAUGAAGCGGACAAGUCUUUGCAGACAAUGCUGAACGUCUUCAUCCAGAACAACGUGUUUGUCUAUCAAGAGGAAGAUGAACAAGAUGAACAUUCUAAGAUCGAGGAGCUUCAUAAAAGACGCAACUUCCUGGCGUCCUACUGCAAACUUAUAGUGUACAGCAUCAUGCCCACUUCCUGCGCGGCUGAUGUGUUCAAACACUACGUCAAGUCGUACAUGGACUAUGGAGAUAUCAUCAAAACAACCCUGGGCAAAGCUAGAGAGAUAAACAAGACUAACUGUGCAAGAACAAUGCUUACAUCUCUGAUCUCGCUGUUCAGAGAAAUGCAUAAAGAACUCGGCCACCUUCGUAUCAACCGCCAGAUAGAGGAGUUCAGUUGCCUCAAGGAACUGGCCAAGAGAUUUGCUCUUUCCUUUGGCUUGGACGCCAUCAAGAACAGAGAGGCCAUCACGGCCCUUCACAGGGAAGGUAUCCUGUUUGCUGUCGAGAGAGCUGAUUAUGUGGAAGAUCCUACCGGACCUCCUCCUAACUUGGCAUUCUUGGAGAUCCUUACAGAGUUUACCAACAAGCUGCUCAAACAGGACAAGCGGAUUGUGUUGAACUACCUAGAUCGUAGAGUUGCUGCUGGGAUGCCAUCCAGCCGAGGGGAGGAUUGGCAACCCCUGCUGAUGUACAGGAACAGUCUUGUCCAUGGGGAGACUGACCAACCUCUGGUGACGUCCAAGCGAGCAUAUUACAGGAAGAAGAAGGAAGCUGAAGAUGAAGUCGACGAAAUUGAUGACGCUUCUGACCAAGAGUUCAGUAUGGGACAUUUGCCUCCGUUGUUGGAAGACAGCACCAAGCCUACUAAGAAGCGAAGGAGAGGUCCAAUGCCGAGAAUCGAUUUCACUGGUGUUCUCAAAGACGCUGAGGAGGAACAACAUCAUCACAUGACGAUAACAUCGACACGGCCACAGCGGCAGUGUGCAAGGUUUGCGUUCAGUUACGUUGAACGGGACGAUGAUGAAGAGAGCAUGAUAAUGUAAAUAUUUACGCCAACAAUUUAUUGUACGUCAGUAUGCUUCUACUUCAAAACCUAACAAACAUGCUUUUGGCUACAAUGAAGAAAAUGUGAAGUGUGAGAAAGGGUGUUAGAAAUAAGCGUUGUUUUAGUACACUUAGUUAUUUUAGAUUUAUCAAUUUUGAUCUGUAGGUUGAAAUUUACAGAUAUCAUACUUGCAAUUGCAUUUAGAAAUUUUUUGUGUGGAUAAAAUCUCCAUUUAUUAUAUCUUAACCUCAGUUUAAAUUAGUCUCCUAGUUGAUUGUAAAAGUUUUCCUAAGCAAGCUUUUAAACAUUUGGCAAAGGGCAUUUUAAAUUGGGUUUUCAACUAACCUCAAAUAUAUUAAUUGUGUCGGUUCUAGUAAAAACUACAUAAACUUUUUAUUGUAAAGUUGUUGGAAUAUAAAUUUUAUAUUUGGCGGCUAAGUAAAAGAAAUAGUGAGUAAGUAAAUAGCUAGUGAGCUUAUUCAUAUUUUUGCGUUUGAAACAAUGAACAUAAUGUGCCAUUAAAAUACUACUUUAUAUAAGUUAUUCCUGAUUACUGGACGAGAUGUCAAUGCAAAAUUAAUUAAAAAUUUUUACUACUAUGUGUAUAAUAAAUACAAAAACAUAUCUACCUAUUCAAAAUAAAAAUGUAGUUUUAAUAAUACAAAAGUGAUCUGCCAAUAGCAAUGCUCUUUUCUGACUAUUUAUAAGCUUUUUUCCAUCUAAGCAUGUAUUUUAAAAGUACAGUAAACUCUCAUUAACUCAAGACACCUGGUAACUCCACAGUUGACAGCACAAAAAAAGGAAAAUUUUCAGAACUUUUAGUUGAAGCCGAAUUGUUGAAUAUUUAACAUUUGAAUUUAUUUGAAAAUUAUAAAUUAAUUAUAAAUAUGAUAAAUUUGAAAAAAUUAUUUGAAGACUUUUACUCAAUAUCUAAAAAUACUCAUUCAUGUAAAAUUAGCAUGUUGUGUUAAACAUUAAUUUAUUAUUCAUUUAUUAAAACCCAUAAAAAAUGUCAAUGUUCUGGAUAACUCGACAACCCCAAUCUCGAGAACCUCUGGGUCCACAAAUUGUCUAGUUAGUGAUGUUUUACUGUGAUUGUUGAUAUAGUUAAAAUAAUUGAAUCCUUUCCAGCUUGUAUUCAAUAUGGAAUUCAAAUUGUUUUAAGUUUUACACGGUGCCCUUCAAACCUUAGGUUUUUUGGGGCUUUUGGUUACAGUAUUAUAUUAAGUCCCUGAAGUUAAAUGAUGUUUGAUUAUUUUAAAGUAAAAGUGUAAAUAGAAACGUUUUGUAUUUGGGAGUUAUGAAUAAAAAAUAUUUUACUAAAAAGAAUUUUCCUUGCCAAAGCUCUAAAUGU